AUGUUAAAGCAACCUAUUAGACUACUACUAAGUAGACGAGGUCUAUCAACAACUACAUCGAAUUUAAAACCAUUUAACAACCAUUCAAAUUAUAAGUCAUCAUCAAAUAAAUCAUCAUCAAUACUUUCAUCAAAUAGAUUUCAAGAACAAUACAAUAAAUCCAAGACUAAUAAUUCGAAUCACAACAACAAAAGAGUACCUAGACCUUCUCACCAAAACCUGAAUCACCGAACCAGCAACAAUCACAACAGAUUCGACUUACAAAAAAUUCUAGAAACAGGUUCAGAAUCAUCUCAAAAUGCACUAAAAUCAAUCUUAACAAAAUUAUACAAUCUCAAUACAAAUUAUCAAAUUCAACAAGUAACAGACCAAGGUUUAUCAACAUGCAAGAUUCACGAAAUACUAAAAGACUUAAAUUUACAAAAACAAGGUAUACAACUUAUUGAAAGAGAUGAUAAAUUACCAUUAGUUAAAAUCAUCAAGAUUCAAGAAAUGUUAAAAUCUUAUAAUGAUGAAUUAGCAGAAUCAAAAGAAUUAGAAUUAUUAAAAAUUGGAUCAACAAAAACAAUGAAAAUUUUAGAUAAUAAAUUGAAAUCAAAACAAAAAAAAUCAAGUGAUAAACAAUUUAUAAUAAAAUGGAAUAUAAGUAUUAAUGAUUUAAAAAAUCAAAAAUUUAAUGAAUUAGAAAAAUUAUUGAAAAAAAAUGGGAAAUUUAAUUUAUACAUUAUUACAAAUAAAAAUAUAUCAUUUAUGAAUAAUCCAAACAUCAAGGACAUUAUAAAAGAUCAUGAUCAAUUAAAUUUGGAAAUAAGAAAAAGAGAAUUAAUCAAAGAUAAAAUCGAAACUUAUCUUAACGAAUUAACUGAAUCACCACUCAAAUGUAAAUGGAACUUAAUUGAUGGUGACGUAAAUACAAGAUUACAAUAUGGAAUCUCAAGUGUUGUCAAACCAACAGAAAUUAAUGAACCAAAACCUGAAAUACAGGAGAUCGAGCCCAUUAAAGUUCAAAAAUCACAACCAAGACAAACACAACAGAAAAAAAUAGAAGAAGAUGAUCUUGAUUCAUUAUAUCUGUUCAAAAUUGAAGAUUAA